GAAGAAGAAGCAGAACCCUUAAAGCGCGAACGCGUGUGUUUUUCCUUCACGCUCGCGCUGUUUGUUUUUUUGGUUCUAAAGUUUGUUUAUUGUUAUUUUUUUCCGUUUCCUCUGCUUUAUUUGUCUCUUUUUACACCGUGUCGUUUUUAAAAUGCCCAAGAGGUCCUAUCCUUUCAGCGAAAGCUUCUCCUCUCAGUAUAAAGUUCAUGUUGGGCAGAAGGAGAUCAGGAACUGUGGCGUGUUUGGACUCAAAUACAGACAAGAGGUUUAUGAAAAGACCAAAAAUCUGCUGUUCAACGGGACCAAAGCUGUGAUGGGUCGAAUCUGGAAGGCGGACGGCGAGGAGAAGGUGUCGGACGUGCUGGUGUCGGAUCCGGCUCCUGGACAUCAGACUCUUCUGCGAGGACAGACCACCAUCGGGCUGGAUGGACGGUUGAAGAGAGCAGACGCUGUUCCAGGUUGUGCAGCGGCUCCUUCAGCGUGUUGCGUGUGUCAGCGGGUCUCGGGUUCGAGGAAGCCGUGCUCUCAGUGUGAGCGUCCCGCGUGUCCCGCCUGCGUCCAGCAGUGCAGCAGCUGCUCCGACCGCUGCUGCUCCUUGUGCUCCGUCACAGAUUACAGCGAGCGUUACGAGCGCGUCCUCUGCUGCGGCUGUUCGUCCUGAUGGCAGAGCUCACAGAACUGAUGGAUGCAUUACGCCAGACGUCAUUUUUUUAAUGCAUUAUCAAUGAAAUGUAAAUGAGAUUACUAUUUUAUAUAUAUGCUUGCUUUGUUUCUUGCUCUUUCCCUCCACUUGUGUACAUAGUCCUGUGAUUAUUGAAAUAAAUACUUGAUGUUGAUGCUUUCCUAA